CAGUCAAAUGAUAAUUACCUAAUGACAAUAUAUUUAUCUUUUCUUAGAAAUGUUAUUUUUUAGAUGUAUAUUUUUUUGUUAGGAGAAUAUUAUAUAUGAGUAAUUUUAGGAUGUUUAGUUAAAUUUCUAAUGAAUGGUCUAACAUAGACUUGUGUGUGGUAAAUAAAAAAUAGGACUCUAUUUUAAUAGAGUAGAAGAUAUAAUAAGAUAGUAACAAUCAAAUAUGGGAUGAUUUUUUUACCAAGAGCAUUUUUUUAGCCGGGCUUGUGUAUUCGUGUCAAAGCAUAAAUCACUUCACUUGGCUGGUCAUGAUCGAUUUUUUUAUUGGAUUUCUAUAUUGAUUAUUAUAUUUUAGAGUGAACAAAAUAAUAAAAGAAUUAUACUAUUUUUUACAAUAAUAUUUGUUUGAUUCUUUUAGUAAACAAAAUAAAGAUAUUCGGAGCGUCUCUCUCUUGAAUCUCCGUUAAGUUAAGAGAGCCUAUGGAGUUAUGGAUUCCACUUAGUUAACAACUAAUUAGCAGUUUUACAGUUUUGGGGAUGUAGUCAAAGGUUAUCAUUUAGGCCAAUAGGUCAUAGUACAUAUAUCAAAGCUUUUUCUUCUAAAUAACAACUAAUACACCUAUUAUGCAGUUUUUGUUCGGACCCUCUCUAACAACAAUUUGUCGUUUAUAUACCAAAAUUUCAAAAUUUCUUCUCAAGUUAGCUUGGUAUAAGUAUCCGAUACAGAAGCUUCAGCUUCACCAACCAUGUAUUCAGCAAACAAAAAAAGUUGAUUUCAAAGCAAUGUAGUUAAAUAAUGAAAUAAGGAGCUAGGCUAUAACGUUCAUGCCGAUAGAUGGACUUCCAUUUUUGCAUUUGCUCAAGAAAAUAUCCAAUUAUUUUUUAUUUUUUGAUACAAAAGAUAUCCAAUCAUAAAUAUAAGAAACCACCGGUUUGUAUGACUCUUCACAUGUUCGACUAUAUCUUCUUAUUAUUGUACACACUCACUUAUGUUUUGUAAAUUUUCUUUUACUGCAAGUAUAAACUACAACUGAAGAUUAUAUCAGUUCUUUUGCCAAACUUAUGGUUUGUUCCCUUCCUACACAACCAUUAUCAAUCAUUUCAUAUGUUUAUGCUAAAUUUUAAAAGAAAGUUAUAGAACCAUAUAAUCCGCUCGUAGCGCGGACACGAACCUAGUAAUAUUAAGAAGGAAUACAAAACACGUCAGAUCCGUGGAUUUAAUAUCCGGAUUCAGAUUUGUGGCUUCCAGAUAUCCGGAAAGAUAUCAUACUAUAUGCGGAUACUCAGAUCCGUAUUCGGAUCCGUAAAAUAAUAAUAAAAAUUAAAAUACUAAAAUUCUAAAAAUAAUACAUAAAUUAAAUAUUUAUACAAGAUUUAAAAAUAAUAUACAUAUAUAUAUAUAUAUACAUAUAUGUAUUAUAUGAUAAAAAUUUAAAUAUAAUAUAAUAAGACUAAUUUUUGUAUAAAUAUUAAUAUAUCAAAUAUAAAUUAUUAAUGAAAUUAAAAAUAAUAAUAUAUUUUAAUAUAUAGAUCCGAUAUCUAAAUCUAAAAAUUAAGAUAUCCGGAUCCGGAUUAGGAUCCGGGCAUUCCGGAUAUUUUAUUUUUGGAGCGGAUCUAGAGGACAUCUCAGAUCGGAUCCAGAGCAUAUCUCCGAUCGGAUCCAGAUCCUGGAUAAUAAGUCUUAGGCCUAGUUUUAGCUAUUUUGUUUAUGUGAAACUGGAGGCGGAUGUCCUAAUUUUAACAGUGGGAUUGUUCCUAGACUAAUUAAUGUCCAAAAUAAAUAACCAUAAUUGGUAUUUUGACAUUUUACAUUAGUAGCAUUGAAAUUAAAAUUAAUAACAAUAAAGAAUUUGGUAGUCUUAAGACUAGUUGAAGCUGCAAUUGGAUCAGAAAAAAAAAAAGAAGAAAAAUGUGAAAUCGUUUAUGCAAAUAGAUAAAAUGUUGUUUCAUCCGGGAAUAAAAGUCUCAUCUAAAGAGAUAAGAAAUAUUCGAUCUCUGAUUCUUUUUCAGUCAUAUUUUCUGUUUUCUCAAACAAUUAUUUAGAAGUUUUCAAAAGCUACAAGAAAUUGAAAAUAUAAUAAUUUCAAGCCAAAAUAUACAAAAUUUACGGCUAUGUCCCAACCAGUGGGGUACUAAAACUAUUCCAGAUAGACAGCUAAGCCAAUCAUCAUACAUAUGUUUUUUUUAAUUAUUACCACUUGGUCAUAAGCUAUCCAUCCAUAUAUAUACACUGUAUACAAUAUAGUCGUGAUCAGAGAUACCCAUCUCUUCAACAGCAUAUUCCGAACCCAUUUUUGAGAAAUAAAAGCGUAUCAAUCCCAAUCUACUUUUACAUAUUUCGGUUACUUGAGCCAUACGUAAGUAAAUUGAUAUAGAUGGUGGAAAUGUUGACGCAAAAGGGUCGAGAGAUGAGCAGCGGUGGUGGUGGUGGUCCAAAGGCAGAUGAGGGUGAGUUGUAUGUGGCGGUGGCCGUGAAGGGUAUCAUCGGAGAUAAGUUGGGAGGAGCAGGAAGCCGCCGCGCAGUACGGUGGGCCGUCGAUAACCUUUUACCUAAGGCUGAUCGGUUUGUGAUGAUCCAUGUCAUCCCACCCAUUAGUACUAUCCCUACCCCUAACGGAGAGAGAUUGCCCCUGGAGGAAGUUGAGGAGAGAUUGGUGGAAAUGUAUGUGAGAGACGUGAAACAAGAAUUUGAAACAGUCUUCGUUCCCUUCUUGAAAAUGUGCAAGAGUAAUCGUACCAAGUGUCAGGUAGAGACUCUCUUGAUAGAGUAUGAUGAUCCUGCAAAAGCGCUUCUACGAUUCAUAUACAAAUCAGGAGUUAACAGUUUGGUUAUGGGAUCAAUUAAUUCAAACAUAUUCACACGGAGAGCAAAAAGUCCAGGAGUGCCAUUGACUGUCUUAACAUACGCUCCCGAAACAUGUGAAGUAUACAUUGUAUGCAGAGACAGAAUCACUACAAAAUCUAUGGAUCCACUAAUCAAUGCAGCGCCGUGCACAAGUCCAAAAGCAGCUGCGACCGCCCGGCGUUUCCUGAAAGACGGGGCGGCUAGCUUCCACACUGUACCGACUCAAACUUCAUCUGUUCCUGGAGAAUCAAUAGAGGUAGGCACAAGGAGGUCAGCAUCGGCUAAAGAGUUGAGAUUGGAGGCAUUAAGCCUCGCUAUUAGGGAACCGGAAACACCUCAAAGUAGCAAGGCUUCUAGUGCAACAGUUCAAGAUGUUAUAAGGCGCCGUGGAGGAUCAGAUAUUCCACAGCUAAAUUACUCAGAUUUUGAUGAAACAUCGGAACAAAAGUCAAGUAUUGAGAACAUUGUCAAGGAACAAAGAGACUCUAGUCCGCCACCCGCAACAUGUAGAAAAUCCAAGAAGGUUGAGAUUGAAGCAGAGGUAGAGCGUUUGAAAAAAGAGUUACAAAAUACAGUUGUUAAAUAUAAACAAGCUUGUGAAGAGCUUUUCUCCACACAAAACAAGGUUCAAGUAAUGUCGUCUGAAUGUUCCAAAGACGCUAGAAGAGUGAACAAUGCUGUGGAGAAAGAAGUGCUGCACAGAAAAACCGCGGCGCUGGAGAAAGAGCGGCACAUGAAAGCGAUUAAAGAGGUAGAAGCAGCGAAAGCGUUACUUGCGAGAGAGUACUGUCAGCGACAAAUCGCGGAGGUUAAUGCUUUAAAGAAUUACUUGGAGAAGAAGAAAGUGAUUGACCAGCUUUUAGGGACGGAUCAACGGUACAGGAAGUACACAAUCGAAGAGAUUUUUAUAGCCACCGAAGGAUUCUCGCCGGAGAAAGUGAUCGGAGAAGGAGGAUACGGUAAAGUUUACCGGUGUAGCCUUGAUAGUACUCCAGCGGCUGUUAAAGUUGUCCGGCUAGAUACGCCGGAGAAGAAACAAGAGUUCUUGAAAGAGGUUGAGGUUCUGAGCCAGCUCCGACACCCACACGUGGUUCUUCUCCUAGGAGCUUGUCCGGAGAAUGGUUGUCUGGUUUACGAGUAUUUGGAAAAUGGAAGCCUCGAGGAAUACAUAUUUCACCAGAAAAAUAAACCGCCUUUGCCUUGGUUUAUCCGGUUUAGGGUUAUUUUCGAGGUAGCUUGCGGUUUAGCCUUCUUGCACAGUUCUAAACCGGAACCGAUUGUUCACCGUGAUCUAAAACCGGGAAACAUCUUGUUGAACCGGAACUACGUGAGCAAAAUCGCAGACGUCGGUUUAGCCAAGCUGGUUACGGAUGUUGCACCUGAUAAUGUAACAAUGUACCGGCACUCGGUUCUUGCUGGUACAUUGCAUUACAUUGACCCGGAGUACCAUCGUACCGGAACGAUUAGACUCAAGUCGGAUCUUUAUGCGUUCGGGAUAAUCAUUCUUCAACUGUUGACGGCUCGUCAGCCAAACGGGCUUGUACAUGCCGUCGAAAAUGCGGUUAAUAAAGGAACACUAACCGAAAUGCUAGACAAAUCGGUUACAGAUUGGCCUUUGGCAGAAACCGAGGAGUUGGCACGGAUUGGUUUAAAAUGUGCGGAGUUUCGGUGCCGAGAUAGACCGGAUCUUAAAGAAGAGGUUAUACCGGUUUUGAAACGACUUGUAGAGACUGCAAAUUCAAAGAUAAAGAAAGAACGAAGCAAUUUACGUGCACCAAGUCAUUACUUUUGUCCCAUCUUACGAGAGAUAAUGGAGGAGCCAGAGAUUGCAGCUGAUGGAUUCACGUAUGAGAAGAAAGCGAUCUUAGCGUGGCUUGAGAAACACAACAUUUCACCAGUAACACGACAAAAGCUCGACCACUUCAAGCUCACACCAAACAAUACACUCCGGUCUGCUAUUCACGAUUGGAAAUCAAGAGUCCGGUUUUCUAAUGCCGUUGUUAAUAUAACAGGUUGAUUUCUCACUCUGGAAAUUUUCAAAAGAAAAUAUUGGAGUUGUAAUGUUUUUAUACUAUAUGCGUGUACAUAUAUGGGUUGUAGGUUUUAUGUGGUUGUGGUGGAACAUAAAGAAAGAAAGAGUUAUGUGAUUUGGUUUAUGUUUUGUAAACCUACAAGAAUGAAAAAUACAUUAUAGGUUUGUUGCAUAUUUCUUGGUAACAUGAGGCAUGUAUGAUGUUUUCAUAUUGUAGAGCUUCAACUUAAUCAGGACCAAUCUGAGAUUUAUAAGAUUUACAGUAAUUAUAGUUUUAAUCAAUGUUUUUAAAACCGGACCGGAUACCGACUCGGUAAAGCUACUGGUUAAGUGGUCAGAGUGCAAACACUUCUAUCUCACAGUCGGCUUCACUUUAAACUUUUAUCGGGAAAACUCUAGAAUUUUAGGAAUCUAGACACACGAAGGAUAAGAUAAAAGAGGAUAUUUAAGUUCUAAUUAAUAAAAUAAAGAAAAGAAAAGAAAAGAAAAGCUAAUUAAACAGAAAGCUAAAGAACAAAAAUUUACCUUAGGGUUUCGACUUUCUCGAGCUACUAUAGUUAAGGUUCUAAUCAUGAGAAAUGGCUAAGGCGGUGUCUGCUAUUUAUAGGGGUGGAGAAUGAUCUCAGGAGAAAGUAUAGGUCGUGGGUUAUAAGCAUGAGCUGUCCUGGCUUCCCCAUGCAAUCAAUUGGAGAGAGAUUGGUGUGCAGCCACAACUCUGGUUGACGAAUCUCAUCUUUUAGAAGGAUACCAAAGAGUUCAAAUUUUCGAUUCAGAGAUUACGGAUGAUCGCUGAAAUGCAGAUGACAAACUGUACUCAAGUAAAUAUGCAGAAAAUAGCUGAAUACUGAUUCAUCUAUUCUCCCAGCAUUUCUUCUUGGAAUCGCUCUGAAGUGCAUAGAAUUUGAUUAAGUGAUUACGAAGUGGGAUAGUCGGGGAUGACAAAAAGGUUUGGGCUUAAUUAGGCUGUUUAAAGAUGUUAAGAAACUCCAAAAUGAAAGACCAAAUUCGACGAUGACAUGGCACAAAAAUGAUUUAUGAUAAGCUGAUUUUUGUAGCUUA